CGGGAGAGAUGCGCGUCCGUUUCCAUCUGCGUGAUUUGUUCUCAUCGCAUGAUUGUUGUAGGAAGUCUCUCGUUUUUUUUCCUCUCUUUUUUUUCUCCUCCAGCCGGGCUAUUCAAACCUGCAGAUCUAAGUAAACAAUCAUUCGCGCACUUAAUGCAAAUAAUGCGGCGUUUCACACGUCGCCCCUUUGAUCUGAUAUCACGGGCUUUAUUUUGGUCGCUAAAAAAUUUGGGAUCUGCAGAAUAUGGCGCCCUGUCCUUAUAAAAAUAAGACAGGCUGCCAUUUUUGUUUUCCUUUUGUCUGAAAUUUUUAAUAAAACUGUCUGAGAAUGUGGGAGAGGCAGACACCGGGGACCAGGACUUUCAGAAGCCACGAAACGCGUCCGUUCGCCUUAUUUUGCGACUGUUUUUAAUUUGAUGUUUGAUCAAAGGCGACGCGCUUUAAUUGAGAAUGAUUUCAAGGAUGCCGAUAGAAUAAAAGAAAAAGUUGAAAUGGCAGAACCUCGAUUUAAUAAUCCAUACUUCUGGCCUCCUCCGCCAUCUAUUCCUGGUCAGUUGGAUAACCUCGUGCUGAUCAACAAGAUCAAAGAACAGCUCAUGGCGGAGAAAAUCAGACCUCCACACCUGCCGCCCACUUCUGUCCCUUCCCAGCAGCCCUUGCUGGUGCCGCCCACAGUCACAGAAGGCGGGCAGCACAAUAUAUCGACGCCCAAGCUGCAGCAGAUGCCGGGGCUCCACGCUCACAGCACCACCCAGCCCGACAUCGCCCUACACGCACGACCCGCCUCCAGCACCGUCGCAGGACGUAUUCUGGGUGACGUAAACUUGAAUCUGGAUGAUAAAACGGCUAUCAAAGCAAGAGGAUUGUGGGAAGACUGGCAUUUGCGGCAAAUCAUAGAGCAGCCGUCUAGAGCGAAUCAUCUGUCAGGACUGUCACUGACGUCUUCUCGAACUGCCAAUCACAACACGUCAGAGAGCGGGACGCCGACCACCCCGACCACUCCAACCACCAGCAGUCAGACGCGUCAGGGUGGCAUUCCUUCCCCAAACCUCAUCUCAGGACUGUCUGGCGGACCGGGGAUGGACGUUAUCAAAAACAGCGGAGGGCUGGCAGGACUGCUGGGUCCUCCUCCGAAGAGCAUAGGACGAGGUCGCAAAAAGAUCAAAGCUGAAAACCCCUCUGGGCCGCUCUUAGUCGUUCCCUACCCGAUCCUGGCUUCUGGAGCCGACCAAUCGACUGUCAGCAUCACUGCCAAAGAGGGCAAAACCUACAGAUGUAAAGUGUGUCCACUGACGUUCUUCUCCAAGUCGGACAUGCAGAUACACUCCAAGUCCCACACGGAAGCAAAGCCACACAAGUGCCCUCACUGCACCAAGUCCUUCGCCAACGCGUCCUACCUGGCCCAACACCUGCGCAUUCACCUGGGAGUGAAGCCGUAUCACUGCUCCUACUGCGAGAAAACCUUCCGCCAGCUCUCACACUUACAGCAGCACACCAGAAUCCACACAGGUGAUCGACCAUAUAAAUGUCUCCAACCAGGCUGUGAAAAGGCCUUUACGCAGCUCUCCAAUCUGCAAUCUCACCAGAGAUCACAUAAUAAAGACAAGCCUUACAAGUGCUCCAACUGUUACCGCGCUUACUCUGACUCCGCCUCUCUCCAAAUCCACCUGUCGGCUCACGCAAUCAAAAACGCCAAGGCGUUUUGCUGCAGCAUGUGCGGUCGAGCCUACACCUCAGAGACCUACCUUAUGAAACACAUGUCUAAGCACACGGUGGUAGAACAUCUGGUGAGUCAACACUCGCCGCAAAGGACCGAAUCGCCCAGCGUUCCCGUUCGUAUUUCCCUCAUCUGAGACCCUGGUCCUGGACCAGCCCGCGCUCGCUCGCUCACUCGCUCGGUCAGUCAGUCUUUCCCAAUCUUGGCAUAAGCAAGCGAAAUCGCCUGUUCUCGGUGGUUUGCCAUUUUUUUUUUUUGUGUGUUUGUUAGUUUGUUUUAGUUUUUGAGAACAUUCCGACAUGUAUUAGACUGUGUGGAUAGAGGCUCAAAACACAGCGCUUUAGGAAGUUUCUAUUACACACAUUCCUCGUCUCCAACUCGUUGUUGAGUUGAGAGGGAGCAAUCGGGAAAUCCAAAGAUGGUUUCACAGCACUUUCAGGCCACACAGUUUUGGCUUUAAACGUUUCUGGUCUGUUAUGACAAUAAAGGCAUUGCUCUUGGCAGCUAAACGUUUGGGACUGUAGGUAUUAUGCAUUAUGAAAUCAGAAGACAUACGUUGUAUGUUUGAAGCUUGGACCAAGUCCAGUACCUCCUCUCAUAUUUUUCUAUGCUGUCUGGGAAAAAAAAAAAUCCCCUUCUUCUGGGCAACUCAAAGUUGGGUUACAGACCAAUGGUCUUGUGUUUUGAUAAUGUCAAUCAUUCUUAUUAAAACAUUUCCUCGCUUGUGGGGAAAUCGGAUUGAAAAUAGCUUUAGCAUUAAAGUUGACUUCUCAAGAGGACUGUUAUAGACAAAUCAACACCUUUAGAUGUUUUACAAGACGAAUCCCUUAGUGCUUUACGAAUUUUUGUGGUCUGGUGCCAAAAAUGUUGUAUGAAAAUGGCAAAAGAGUUUGAUGAUUCGGAAUAGACACGUAAAGCAUUUAAAAUGUACACUUUAAAAAGUGUAAACCUGCAACGAUUCAUGUUACGAAUGUCAGCAUGCAUUUGACAUUAAAAUGUCCAGACUAUUAUAUUUUGCAUAAAAGAAAAUGAAGAUUAUUAUUAGUAUUAUUUUGCCUAAGAGGCAGUAUUUUCAUCCUGCCCUUUAGUAUUUAAAUUGGAAAAAUGUCUCAUAAAUUAUAUAAACGCCUUAAUUUGUUUUUAUUUUAAUAUUAGUAUUAAUAUAUAAAUGGGUUAUUGACGUAUAAGGAUUUUCAACAGGCCAAUUUUAAAAUACAAAAAAUAAUAUCUGUUGUAAUUGUUCUGACAUUAACAAUGUUGUGUACACAUAAAUUCAUAUGAAAAUUUAAAAUUAAUUCAUUUUAGUGUUUUUUUUUUUCGUUUUGAUAGAAAAAUGUCAGGUGGUGCGACCAUGAUUUAUAUUAAAAUUAAUUAAUUUCCUUAACAUGCUUAACAUUUUUUGUAGGUGUUCUCAGUAAUUAAAGUGUUUACAAACAAAGCAUUGCAUUUAUUUUGAGUUUUGUAAAUAGUGAUCUCACAUUUUUGUUUUAUAAAUUUCAAAGUUGCCUUCUUAAAUGUAGCAGACUUAUUUUUCCUGUAAAUUGCAUAAAACUGAUAAAAAUGUUUUUAAAAUACCUUUCACUUAAGCAUGCUGUAGCAGUGAUUCAUAUUUUAACUACAGAAAUUAAAUUAGAUGUUUUAUUUUAAUACAUUUAUUCCUAUGACUGGUCGCACCACAUGAUGAGUGGUCGCUCCAAAUAAUGCAAAGGCCUUACAUCAUUAAAAAUACAUUUAAAGACAAGUGCAGAAAAAAUGAAAAGUGCAGCACUUAAUAUUCUUUGUUUUUUUGGGGUCAUACCACAUGAUAUCCAAAUGUGGUAACUACAUACCAGCUGUUAAAAAGUUUUUUUUUUUCCAAAUUUGAAAGAGAAUUAGAAACCUGCCUAAUGCUUCCAUAUGGUAUAUGAUGCAAAGUCCCAUCUUUGAAUGAAUUUCAACAUAAAAGUCCCAAAAUGGUAGUUUCUAAAUGGUCGCACCACAUGAUAUUUCAUAAAAUGGAAAUCAUCGGACAAUGUUAUGAUGAAAAUAUAAAUAAAAGCUUUGCAAUUUUAUACAGGAACCCAAAACACUUUGGAAAUCAUGCAAAAUAGUGCAGAAAAUUAAAUUAAAGCAACAGUUAUGGCUGGACGGUCGCACCACAUGAUAUUUUGAAAUUUUGAAUAACAGAAAUAUUGCAAAUAAGUAAUCUUUUUUGAAAAGUUAAAGUGGGUCCAUACAUAGGAGAGGUACUUCUUAUAUAUGGCAUCUUUUUAAUGCAUUUCAACAAAUUUGUAAAUUUAAAAUGCAAUUUAGGCGUCAUGACACUGACCCAUAUAUAUAUAUAUAUAUAUAUAUAUAUAUAUAUAUAUA